AGGCGAACGAGCAGGUGUUACAUGGCCAAGUUUGGAUUUUGCUUUCUUCAACACCCCAGUCUGACCAAGAUGGCCUUCCUUACCGCCGCUGAAGUCGUCGCCCACCCGGCCUACCAAUCCCUGGACUGGAAACUGUCGCCGACGACGUCUGGCACCUGCCCCGUCGCUCAAACCCGCCGCGGAGGCCCUAUCAAUCUCUACUACCAGAUCCAUGGCACCGGCCCUACCAAGCUCGUUGUAAGUGCCCUUCCUGACUUUUCCCUGAAGCCAUUCUGACAGCACAGUUCAUCAUGGGCCUCAACGCUGUGCACAGCGACUGGAAGCGCCAAACCAAGUUCUUCGGGCACACGCACGGAUCCAAAUACUCGGUGCUGGUCUUCGACAACCGCGGCGUGGGCAAAUCCGACAAGCCACUGUCUUACUACUCCACGUCCGAGAUGGCGCAAGAUGCCGUCGACCUCCUCGUCUCCCUAAAGUGGCUUGACCUCUCUGCUGCGCCGCCGACCCGCGACAUCAACGUCAUCGGCGCAAGUAUGGGCGGGAUGAUCUCGCAGGAACUGGCGAUGCUGAUCCCCGAGCGACUGGCGAGUCUAACGCUGUGCUGUACGGCGCCGCGACUUGUGCGGACAGCGCCAUUCCUGGAGAACCUGCGCGAGCGCGCGGAGAUGUUCAUACCCAAGAAGAUGGAUCAGGAGCUUGAGCGGCUAGCGCAUUCGCUGUUCCCUGCGGAUUUCCUGGCGCUGCCGGAUGAUGAGUUUAACGAGCCCGAGAGGAAUUUCCCGACGAAGCGCGAUCGGUUUGCGGCGGGGCGGUUGCGCAAGUUGGACGAUCCGGAGGGGUUUACGAAGAUGGGGUUUUUGAUGCAGGUUGUUGCGUGCUAUUUCCACCAUAAGUCGCCGGCGCAGUUGAAGGCGUUGGGCGAUCGAGUUGGGCGGGAGAGGAUUGCGGUGCUGCAUGGGACUGUGGAUCGGAUGCUGACGUUUCAGCAUGGCGAGCUGUUGAAUCAAGACUUGGGCGAGGGGAUUCUGUACAAGGUGUGGGAGGGGAGCGGGCAUAUGUUGCCGUGGGAGAAGGAAGAGGAGAUGAAUGAGUUGGUGGAGGAGCUUGUGCAGCGAUGCAAUUAGCGCUUUUUGUGAUACCACUGGCCGUGAGCCUUACGCAAGUGUAUAAGGAAAGGAUUGGCAAUGAAUCAGAGAUCAAAGAACAAGAUUUAUAAGGCAUCACAAUGCAUGCAGUUACGAAGAUAAGAUCCAAGCAGUCGGAGUCGUCGCACGACUCACGAGUGAUCAGGGAAGUCUCGGCCUACCGGCUUGAUGCCGGUGACACCAGGAUGUAUACGUGCCCAAACCUCGAGUCCCG